CAUCCUUGAGUCUUGAUGGCAGUUUCUUUUAAUAUUUUCAGGCCUCGAUAUAUCAAUCCCAUCUUGUUAGCAGUUUUGAGGCCUUUGAGUAAGGUUGCUGCAAUUUUAGUUGGCCGAGGUUUUAGAAAAUGGUGGCAGUCAUUACCUGCAAAGAAAAGGGAAUUAUUCAUCCAACAUCUCCUACGCAACAAGUAUAAAUAUUUAGGAGGAUCUGCACUUUUAGGUACUGCUAGCUAUACAUAUUAUGAAGACCAUGUAGUUCCUACACCAUUAACAGGACGACGACGAUUUAUGGUGUUUACUUCAGAUCAGCUCCAUACUGUUUCUCGUCAUACAUACGCUGAGGAAAUUAGUCAGUAUGCCCAUUUGUUAAUGCCAGAGAACCAUCCAAUGGUGUCGGUAGUGAAGAGAGUUGGUAAUCGUUUACUGCAGGCUAAUAAAAAUAUUCCUCAGUUAUAUACAAAAUAUUGGACUGUCACUCUCAUUGAUGAUCCAACAGUAAACUGUUUUGUUUUGCCAAGUGGGGACAUAGUCAUGUUUAGAGGAAUGAUGGAUCUUCUAGAAAAUGAUGAUCAAGUUGCAGCUGUUGUGGCACAUGAAAUGAGCCAUGCAGUAUUGGAACAUGCUUCAGAGCAGCUAAGCCGUGGGUAUCUACUAGAUGUUUUGAUUCUCCUGCCAUUAGCUGUUAUCUGGGCAUUUAUUCCAAGUGACGGUUUAGCUUUGGUUACCCAGUGGUUCCUGAAUCAGGUUGUAAAGGUUCUUCUCCAUUUACCUUAUUCGAGGAGCUUAGAAGAAGAAGCAGAUUCUGUUGGUCUGCAGUUGGCUGCUAAGGCAUGUUUCGAUGUUCGAGAAGCAAGUGCAUUUUGGGGGAAAAUGUCAGUCUUGGACAAAAUCCGAGAGAAAAGUGGAGGAUCUCCACCUGAAGAUGCAGCAUGGUUAUCAACUCAUCCUUCAAAUAUUGAAAGACAAGAAAAAAUAGAUGCCCAGAUGGAAGAGGCCAUAUCCAUUCGCAAUUUUUGCCAAUGUCCACAACUAGAAGAGAGAGAUCCACGUCAAAUGGUGAAAAUUCUACAAAAGCAGCUAACAAUUACAUCUUCCAGUUCAUAGGAAUAUUAGACGUUUACACAUACUCAUAGUUUAUAAAGCUUGUAAAAUAUAAUUGUCCACUUGAGUGAAGUUUGUGGAAAAUCUCAGGGUAAAAAAAUAGAAAUAAUUAAAAUGAGCUUUUGUUCAUCAAAGAUUAUUGACAUCUUUAAUAUUUUUCAUUAAAAAUAAUACCUUCCCUCCUAA